GGGGUCCGGAUGAAAUGGAAGCCUGGAAGGGAGAUGUAUCUGCUGGGACUUGGAUGAUUGACAAAGGACGUUCCGCUGCACCGUGAUCUCGUUUGAGGGAGUGCAGUGCAUGGCGUCUCCAUUGUUGCAUACCAAAUCACAGCUCCAGAGACUUCAUGAAAUCCAAGCUCGGCCACGGAUUCAGCGACCAUCCUCCUGCGUCCAGAGUCAAUCUCCCCCGCAAGUCGUGGAUGUCGUGGAUGCCGUGGACCCUCAAUCAACUUUGCCACAUCCAACACAUCCAACAUAUCAGACCAUAUUCAACCACCCAAACCAACAUGUUUCAAGCCCAGCGAGCCAAGCUUUCAACAACAGCUAUGCCUCAGCACCUUUUUGUGUUGUUAGCCCCAGCUUGACAGUUAGGAGCGGUUCGACUCCUGCCUUGAACAGUGGUCAGCCUGUCAUUUACACUGAACCGAGCUGCUACCCAACAAAGCAAAGCCCAGUCAGCCCAGUCAAUAAGGUAAGCACUGCUCAAAGUCAUGCUCAAAGUCAAAGUCAUGUGGGACCCCAUGUAAGCUCGGCUCUUCAGGGCUGGCAAUUUCAAGGUUGUCAGUAUGCUCAGCCCUUGAGACUUUCCACUCCCUCAAAUUCCACUGCUGAUCGGGCAGCUUCAAGCGGUUCUAUGGACCCGCCUAACAGGGAGAGCAGAGCAGAUCACUACAGGCAGCUGAAAGAGGACCUGGACUUGGCCAAGCGACUUAAGAUGGAGCUGCCUGACAUCUUAGUUGAUCGCAUCAAACGUUUGCACGUUCAAAGCUCGAUCUUGGAACAACUUCGCCUCGCAGAGACGGCGGAGCAGGCGGAGCCCGAUGAAGCUGUUGGCAACUCAAGGCUGGCUCCGUGUGCUCCAAAUGCUCCAAAUGCUCCAAGUGCUCCAGCUUCUCCUUCCGUACGGGAGGCGCGGAAGCCGUUGGAAGAGCUGCACCAGGCCAUUUCAGCGGUGAAGGCUGAGCAGGGGGCCAUGCGAAGAAUGCAAGAAGAGGAGCUGCUUGAACUUUGCAAAGUUCGGAAUCUUCUAGAAAGAGAGGAAAAGGAAAAGAAGGAAAAAGAGGAAAAGGAGCGAGAACAAGAACUUCUUUCACAAAUUCAGCUCGAAAAGCAAGCGAAAGAGCAACAAUCCAGACACGAUGUUGCCCUGCGGGUCGAACAGGUGCUUUUAUCCCAGGGUGCUCGGCGAGAGGAAUUCUUGCAAGCCGAACUCAGACAACUGGACCAGGAGGAAAAGGAGGUGGAGAGGAGAAAUAUGGAGUUGAAGCGACAGGCAGAAGAAAUGCAAGAAAUAGUUUCGGGGAUGUCCGAAGGUACAUCGCUUUGGCGCUCUGGCCAUUCUGCAGUGAGUUUCACCCAACAGCCAAAGAUUGCUGUUGAGACAAAUCCUGAGUCAGCUCAUGGCACAGCACGAAGGGCAGCAUUUGGUGCAAACCGCGUGGCAUUUGCAAACGAACCAGCUGCAACUACUGCAGCUCUUGCUCCGCCUCUGCCUACUGCUCCGCCCAGGGCUGCGAACACAGAAACUUUCCCCGGGACAGAAGCUUCUGGAACUUCCAUGGGCCCAGCUGCACCCGUGCCUCCCGUGCUGCCAAGUACAGUGCCACUGGAGCCAGUCACCAGCCAAGCACCAGCGCCCAGGCUUUCACCACCGAGGCUGGAUACUCCAAAUAGUGCAAGCAAGCUGCUGGUUGGCGAAGGCCCACUAUGGCAGCCCCCUUCCAGCGCUGCGUGCAGUCAGACCUGCAGCAAAGCUUGGACAGAGGACGAGCAGCAGCAGCAGUCCUUGAUGCAGGCAUAUCUAGCCUUCAUCAACAAAGAGGUCGAAAGUGUGCCGAUGCUAGAUCCAGCAUGGGAAGGGUCAAGCCUGGAAGCUGGGCGAGGAGAUCCUCCCAGAGCAAGAAGACAGUUCCGGAGAAAAGGCUUUGAAGACCUCCCUCAAGUCUAUAGAGCAGCAAUUUCAAUUGUUGCCCAGCAUGGCUGGAGUGCCUUGCAUGGUGGUGAAAAUGCAGGAGCUUGUUGGACAGCUUUGCACUGGGCAGCAGCAGAGGGUCGAACGGAGAUCUGCCAGCUUUUGCUGCAGUGUCGAGCUGAUGCUGAUCACCAGGACGAGAUGGGCAGAUGUCCAGCAUACUAUGCCAGUUUGCAUGGUCAUGUGGAUACCCUUGCCCUUUUGAAGCAAUCUGUCAGACACGCGCAGGCUGCCAGGACAAGUGUGGAGGAAGAGGAGGGUGAAUUGAUGUCAGUUGCGAGCACAAAGGCUAGUCCCUUCGGUGAGCGUGCAUCAACCCGGUCUUCCGCAACGCCAACGCAUACUUCGUCCUAGCUGCUCGUAGCCUGCAGCCACCUUACGACCUUUGUACACUAGCCGCAAGUCUUUGACUUUGCGCUGACUCAGAUAGAAACUCUGAGUUGAAUCUCAAUAUGUGGGACCGUGUAGCACACAGUGCCUGCUGAGCAAAUGUGCCUUGAAGCAUCCACAAGCGCUGCAUUCUUUGGUAGAGCCCAAAAGAUCUGUUCCGACAGUGCCAGCAUUCAGACGGCUGGAAGUGAGAACUGCAAAGUUGCACAGUAGCUGUGAAGGAACUGUGUUCUGCUUCAAAAUGCAGCUCUUGGGACUUGCGGAAUUUUGCAGAUUGUAUGUUCGCUGCCAUUAAAGCCAACCUCUCCACGAAGUGAAGAGCCGGUCAGGAUGAUUUGGUGCGCCUGAGCCUAAAAUUGACACCAUUCCAUUCCUAGAUGCUCCUUGCGGAAGUGGGAAAAGCUUG